CUAAUGUCUGCAAAAGUAUCACUCAAUCGGUGUUCACCUCUUGAUUACCACUCAAAGACAUCCACACAAUGAUUGUCACUAUUGGACACAAUUAUCUCGUGUUUUAUAUUUGACUCUUGAAUAUGUGUUGAAUAUAUUGUUUGAAUUGAAUUAGAGUUAAAACCAGAAAAUGAAUACCAAUUACGACGAGUCGAACCGAUUCCUCGGGAUGUUAGCCGAAGUGGCCGUCAAGACAUUGAAUGCCGAACAACACAACCAAUCGGAACUCAAAGCCCAUAAAAAGGCGAAUAAACAUGUCUUAAAUGUGGACCAAAUGCGCAAAUUGUCGGACAAAGUAUUGGUCGAGUCUUUCAGUGAAUUGAGUUGCGAUGAAAUCCGGCGUAUAUUUCAAUACAUUUUUUGA